GAGGAUUGUCUGUGGGGAUCGUCCGUGAGGAUCGUCCGUGAGUCAAGAGACCGUCGUUUGGCAGCGAGCCUCGCAUGUUUCGAUUUCCGCGGCUUCGGGAUCGCGGAUGCAUCUCUGCCCAAGAUCCACCAGCAUCUGCCCAAGAUCUGCCCAAGCUCUGCACAGCACUGGCCGGAAUCUGCUCGUCAUUUGUACAAUUCUCCAGACCCACAUUCACUUCCAUCACGGCAAUGAGCCAUCGCUUCCGGCUCGGCUUGGUGCUAUCUGGGACUCGACAUCUGCAUCGAAUCCAUGUCGCUUCCGGCUGGUCACCGCCGCACUGGAUCCGAUCGUCGUCGCUCUCGACAGCGUCGACACAAGACUGGAUUCCGGUUAUCGGCCUCGAGGUCCAUGCUCAGCUGGACACCCGAGCCAAGCUGUUCUCAGAUGCCCUGAACGUUGGAGUUGUGGCCGCCAACGUCAACGUUUCGCCGAUCGACGCUGCCUUCCCAGGCACUCUGCCCAGACUGAAUCCCGAGUGCGUCGAGCUGGCGGUCAAGACGGCGCUGGCGCUUUCGUGUUCAAUCAAUCCGCAUUCGUCGUUCGACCGCAAGCAUUACUUUUAUCCGGAUCUCCCGGCCGGGUUCCAAAUCACACAACACUGGGAACCCAUCGCCCGGGACGGCCAUCUGGUCCUGAAUGAAUACGAUGGGGUCGCGCAGGCGAAACAGAUCGGCAUUCACCAGAUCCAGCUCGAGCAGGACUCUGGAAAGAGCAUCCAAGAUUCAGGCGACAGGACUCUAGUUGACCUCAACCGGGCUGGUGUGCCAGUACUCGAGAUCGUGACGACCCCAACUAUUCACUCAUCAGAAGAUGCCGUGGCGUUUUUGAAAAAACUCCAUCGACUGCUCUGGUAUGCCGGCAUCUCCAAGAACGACACCAGCGAGGGCUCGUGGCGCUGUGACAUCAAUGUCUCGGUAAGACGCAGAGAUGGUCCCCUCGGAACCCGAGCCGAGGUCAAGCAUGUGUCGACCUUCAAUGGUGUCAGGCACGUUAUCGACUAUGAAGUUCAGCGACAGAUUCAACUGCUCCAAAGCGGCGCCCCGGUCGCCCAGGAGACGCGUGGAUUCAACGAAAAGGACCAAACGACAUUCAAGCUGCGUGGCAAGGAGGAGGCAAAGGAUUACCGAUACAUGCCUGAACCGGAUCUCCCUCCCAUCACUCUGUCAUCGGAGUACAUCUCGGCGGUCGAGGCUACCCUGCCUGAGCCACUCGACACCCGGCGAUCCCGACUGCUCCAGGAAUACAAGCUUUCCAUGGCAACGGUUGAGGUUCUCAUGGACGAGCCUGGCGCCGUUGAAUACUACGAAAAGGUUGCCGCCGGUAGAGACAAGAAAAAGUCUGCGAGUUGGGUCACAAACGAGCUCUUUGGGCUGAUCAAAACCCAGGGAACGCAGUUGCGGGAGUGCCGUGUCUCGCCCGAGCUCCUUGGCUCAGUCAUUGAUCUUGUCGAGACCGGAAAAGUCAGUGGCCUUCGAGGGAAAGAUAUCGUUGUGGCUGUUCUCAGUGGCGAGGACGGUGAUGCCCGGACAAUAGCCGAGCAACACGGCUGGCUCCAGGUCAGCGAUGUGGAUCUUUUGGAGCCCCUCGUUCUCCAAGUGAUCGAUAAACACCCAACAGAGGUCGCUCGAAUCAAGGCCGGCAAGGACAGACUCCUCGCCUUUCUGGUGGGCCAAGUCAUGAAAGCAACCAAGGGCAAGGCGAACCCCGGGCUUGUCGACCAGCUGGUUCGGAAGCAUCUUGGUCUGAACGCCUCCAAAAAGCUCUGAGCGAUCGCCACGAACGAUCCCUGGUUGCUCGACGUUGAGUCUUGCAGGACGAUGGGUCAGUCCUGUCCGAGACCGGGGGCUAAACACGAUAUGUCGAUCAAGUUGCUGGGGAGAGUUAGGGAUUUGAAAUGAAGCUCGCCUAUCAUGGCAUGGCGGCGAUCGCUCACGCCUUCGGCACCAUCACUGUGACAGGAUCGAUUUACGCCUCUUCCAAAAGCCAAAUACACUGCACGUGCUGGAGUAGCGGUCGCCC